AUGGUCUUCCGAGCUGUGGAAGAUCGGCCCACGCCGAAGGAAGUGUACAAUUGGCGCUUGUACAUUGAGGCUAUGGUCAUUGCCACCGGUUCUUUGCUCUUUGGUUACGAUUCGGCAUUUGUUGGCACUACCAUCUCGCGCGAAAGUUUCCUCACAGACUUUGGUAUUACAGCCGCGAACAGCAGCGCAAUCUCAAGUAACAUCACCUCUGUCUUCCAAGCGGGAGCUUUCUUUGGGGCGAUCUUUUGCUUUUUCUUCACGGAACGACUAGGUCGAAAAUGGGCUCUGCAGAUCAAUGUUUUCAUUUUUAUCAUUGGAGCAGUGCUGAUGACCGCUGCUUCUCAUCAACUUGGCCUAAUUUAUGCUGGCCGCGUUUUGACUGGAGUUGGAUGCGGUGCAAUAACUGCAACAGUGCCUAGCUACAUCGCUGAAUUGUCGAUUCCCUCGAUCCGCGGUAUUUUGACAGGAUUCUUCGAAUGCGCCUAUCAGAUCGGCUCCCUGAUUGGUUUUUGGAUCAAUUAUGGUAUCACACAAAACAUGUCGGCCACGAGCUCCACCAGCUGGAGAGUUCCUAUGGCCGUACAGCUUAUCCCAGGCUGUAUCCUUCUCGUUGGUGGCUUCUUUCUUCACGAGUCCCCCCUUUGGCUCAUGCGCAAAGAACGCCAUGCCGAGGCGCAUCAAGCAUUGGAAACAUUGCGCAAACUUCCGAUCGAGCACGAAUAUCUCCAACAGGAAGUUCGUCUCAUUCAGAAUCGUUUGAAUGAAGAGGCAAGUGUCGCUAGCAAGUACGGGACCGGAUCUUGGGCAUUCUUCCGGGGCGCGAUGGACGAAUUUUCUCGACGAGGCAUGCGGAAUCGCGUCUUCCUCGUUUUCUGUUCCUUUGCUCUGCAAAAUUUUGCUGGUGCCGCAGCAAUCAAUUACUACUCCCCUACUCUGUUCACGUCCAUUGGAAUCAAGGAUACAUCGCUCUACACUGGAAUCUACGGAUUGGUGAAAGCAGUAGCAUCGCUCAUUUUCUACAUCUUUCUGAUUGACAGUAUUGGUCGCCGCCGGCCGGUCAUAGUAUCCUCUGUGGUUUGCUCUCUCUGCUUAUGGUAUAUUGGUGCCUACGUGAAGGUCGCCAAUCCUGCGGCAGCCAUCAAAGCCGGAGAUGCCCUGUCAGACUCCACGACCCGUGGUGGACAAGCAGCGACGGCAAUGAUUAUGGUAUAUGCUGUAUUCUGGUCAUUUGGCCUGAAUGGUAUUCCAUGGAUUGUUUCAGCCGAAAUCUUCCCUGGGGCACUACGAAAUUUCUCUGGUACCUGGGCCGCUCUUGUCCAGUGGCUCACUCAAUUCAUCAUCAGCAAGUGCCUACCAUACAUUUUCAAAUCCUUUGGAUAUGGGACAUGGUUCUUUUUCGCGAGUAUUCUCAUUAUCGCAACAAUCUGGGCAUUCUUCUUCCUCCCGGAGACCAAGGGCUUGACCAUCGAGCAAAUGGAUAUGAUCUUUGGCUAUAAUCAACCCGGACAUCGUGGUAUUCCUCACACACGUGUUACCAAAGCGCAACUUGCAGCAGUUACAGUUGUCAAUUCAGCCAAAUCCGGCCAGACAGAACAUCAUGAAGAAGUUUGA